UGUUGUCGUGUCUCCACUAGCAGCUAACUGAUCUGAACCGUUGUUGACAGCACCGUCACCAGCAGGUCACUUGCUCGCUGCGAGCGCGGCUCUUGAUUAUGUAUCGUAAAUCCAAGUGGAAGUGCGGUUACAAUCUUGCGGUUCUCGGACCUGGAAAUAAUGAAAAAAGCGUGCCACAGCUCUUGAUCAGAGACCUGAAAUUUGAGAAGAAGUCAUUAACUAAGCUCAUGUUUUCUCCUGAUCAAGAAAAUCAUCCAUCAAAAGCACCAGUAAAAUAUGGUGAAUUGAUCGUAUUGGGGUACAAUGGGUCUCUCCCAAAUGGAGAUAGAGGAAGAAGAAAAAGUAGAUUUGCUUUAUUUAAAAGACCCAAGGCAAACGGGGUGAAACCUAGCACUGUGCACAUUGCCUGUACCCCUCAAGCAGCAAAGGCAAUAAGUAACAAGGACCAACACAGCAUCUCUUACACUCUCUCUCGGGCCCAGACAGUAGUAGUUGAAUAUACACAUGACAGCAACACAGAUAUGUUCCAGAUUGGCCGGUCAACAGAGAGUCCUAUAGACUUUGUGGUGACAGAUACAGUUCCUGGAAGUCAGAGCAAUUCAGAUACACAGUCUGUGCAGAGCACUAUAUCAAGGUUUGCUUGCAGAAUCAUAUGUGAGCGGAACCCUCCUUUUACAGCAAGAAUAUAUGCUGCAGGAUUUGACUCCUCCAAAAACAUCUUUCUUGGGGAGAAAGCUGCAAAGUGGAAGACAUCAGAUGGGCAGAUGGAUGGGCUGACCACAAAUGGAGUUCUCGUUAUGCAUCCCCGCAAUGGCUUUACUGAAGACUCCAAGCCGGGGGUGUGGAGAGAGAUAUCUGUGUGCGGGAACGUGUUCAGCCUCCGUGAAACCAGAUCAGCUCAGCAGAGGGGGAAAAUGGUGGAGAACGAAACGAACCAGCUCCAGGAUGGCUCUUUAAUUGACCUCUGUGGAGCGACGUUGCUGUGGCGCACAGCGGAAGGCCUUGCCCGCACGCCCACCGUCAAGCACCUGGAGGCUCUAAGGCAAGAAAUAAACGCAGCAAGACCCCAGUGCCCCGUAGGAUUUAACACCUUGGCGUUUCCCAGCAUGAAGAGGAAAGAUGUUGUAGACGAAAAGCAACCCUGGGUCUACCUGAAUUGUGGCCACGUCCACGGCUAUCACAACUGGGGAAACAAAGAGGAGAGAGAUGGCAAGGAUCGCGAGUGUCCCAUGUGCCGCUCCGUCGGUCCCUACGUGCCUCUGUGGCUUGGCUGUGAAGCGGGAUUUUAUGUGGAUGCGGGACCUCCGACUCACGCGUUCAGCCCCUGCGGACAUGUGUGCUCAGAAAAGACAACUGCCUACUGGUCCCAAAUUCCUCUUCCUCACGGUACUCACACAUUUCACGCAGCCUGUCCCUUCUGCGCACAUCAGCUGGCUGGUGAGCAAGGUUACAUCAGACUCAUUUUCCAAGGACCUCUUGACUAACACUUGUGUCAGCAAGGACUACAGUAACCCGAUAAGCUAAGCGAUCCUGAUUUUUAAACUGUCUUUCGUAUUCUCUGGGCUUUGCUGGUUUGCAUUAAGAUGAAGAAUUCGGGGGGUUUUGUUACAACAGCUAAAUCCCUCCCUAUCGAGAA